AUGUAUUGUUGGACGGAUAUUAAUCGAGAGAUUAUUCAAACUAUUAAUAGUACUGCUACCAUGACGACAAUGAAGAAAAUGACUGCUGCCUCUUCCGGCGACGACACAAAGUCUUGUUUGAAUAAUAAUAAUUCAUCAAACCGAAUGACAAUCUUUUUAAAGUUUCAACAAGAAAAUACAGAUAAUAAUAAUAAUAAUAAUAUUCAACAAGACUUUGAGGAAGAGGAAGAACUAGUAGAUAUAUUGUUGUCACAAAGUAGCAGUAGUGACGAAGCAGACGACGAAAAAGAAGAAGAUAGAACCUUUGGUGCUGCUGAUCAAUCUAUAAAUACAAAUACAAAUACAAAUAUAAAUACAAAUACAAUGGCCAAUAAUAAUAACGCUGCAUCGAUAACAAGUAAAAAGAAGAAGAAGAGUACAACGGUCAAGAAGAAACCUCCAACAAAGACAACAACAAUCAGAGCAAUAGUGUCACCGAAAAAGUUAUCAACUAUUGCGUCAAAGAAUGACACUACUAUUGCAGCUGCUCCCGCUACAACAACAACAACAACAAAAGAGAUCAAGAAAAAGAUAACAAAGACAAUACCAACGGUUGUUGCUAAAAAGACUAGAUCAUCAACGGUUUCAUCUAGAUUGGCAACCACAACAACGACUACUACGGCGACUACUACUACACCGAUUGUAUCUGGCAUUACUACCCCUAAAUCAAAACCUCUCAACAACAAGAAACAAAAAAGAUCUCCAUUACUCUCAGAGAGUAGCGAUGAUGAUGAUGAUGACGAUGAGGACGAUGAUGAUUAUAUACGUAAAAGACAAUUGUUAAUGUAUAGUCAUCUCAACCGGUCUGCGGUGACAGAACAACAACAAGACAAUGAUCUUGAAAUGAAAGAUGUUGAUAGUUGUGCUACAACUAAUACUACUAUGGAUCAAAAGAAUGGUGGAUUGGUGGAACAAAAGAGUUAUAGUGUCAAUUUCAAGAAUGAAUCAUUUGAUGAUAGUGAUUUGGAUAUUGAUUUCCCAUCCACUGAAGAGGUGGAGGAUGAUGAUGAUUCAGAUGAAGAUUUUAAUAAUAGUAGUGAUGACGAUGAAGCCGAUGAAAAGGCUGUAAGGAUUGUAAACAAACUUAUUUUGCAAGCGAAAUUGAACAAGAAAGCAGCAGCAACAAAAAAACAACCUAAAUCAUUUGGAUCUACUUCAUUAUUAGGUGCAAGACCAGAGAAUCAAGAUUGUGCAUUUCAUAAACAAAUCAUCAAUAAUGGUCAAAAUAAUAAUAAUAACAAAAACAAAAAUAAUAAUAAUAAUAAUAAUAAUAAUAAUACACGUAUAUUUGGAGUGUUGGAUGGACAUGGAGAUAAAGGUGAAGUAGUGUCUGUCAUGGCAAAGAGUAUUAUUUCAAAUUACCUUCAUUUAAAUUUAAAUAAUAAUAAUACUAAACAAGAUGACAAUGGAUUACAAAAAUGUAUAAUAGAUUCUUUUGAAAUGGCUAAUAAGAAAUUAAUAGAGUAUGGACAAGUGAAUGGUAUUGAUAAUGGAACGACUGCGACGGUGGCAGUGGUGGACGAAACGACUGGAAAGUGUAUGGUGGGUUGGUCGGGUGAUUCGAUGGCGUUGAUUGUACGAUACAACGAACAAGCUAGUUUUUGGGAUCAGGUUGAAGCACUGACACACGAUCAUCGACCAGAGAUGGCAGAGGAGCGUGAUAGAAUCGAAAAGUGUACAGGCAGACUGACAUUCAAGUAUAAUAGUUGGCGUAUAGUACCAAAGCAAAAUGAUUUCACCGAGGAAGAGCUUGUGCGCAAGCGGUUGGCACUCAACACGUCGCGAUCACUCGGUCACUAUAUAUUGAGCAGGUAUGGGGUGUCGGCUAUCCCCUCGUUUGCCACUGCCACACUGCAUAAUGGUGACUAUCUCAUUGUUGCGUCUGACGGGUUGACCAAUGCCGUCAACUACCAAACACUUCCCAAUCUCAUCAGCUCUUCAUCCUCUUCAAAUCAUCCACAAAAAAUGUCGGCUGAGCUUUGUCGUAUUGCAGUACGGGCAGCUGGUAAAGCAAGUGAUAAUGUAACCAUCUCUUGCUAUCAAUUUCAAUCUGAUUCUCCUACUAUUCAUGAUCAUCCUCAAAAGGAUCACGAACAUUUACUUUCACCAUCUUCACCUCUUCCUUGUACUCCUCCAGCAUCUUUAUCAACAACAACUACUACAACAGAAACAACUAAAAAGCAAAGCAAACCAAAAGCAAAAAGAGGAAAGAAAAACUGGUCUUCAUCAUCACCAUCAAAGACAAAGGUCUUGUCUCCAUCAUCUUUAUUAUUAUUUAUAAAAAUGAAAUAUAAUAGUAUUAUCCAAUCAAUUUUAUUUUUGAUUGUUGUAAUUAUCACUGUUGCAAGAUGUUAUGAAAUUAAUUUUUCAUAUAAUAGCGGUGUCAUUGUUUUAUGGAGUCAAGAUGAGUAUACAAUCUCUUCUGAUCCCUAUACAUAUCCAGCUCAAUACACAAUACAAACCAGUGGUAGUAUCGGAUUCAAACUACUAAACUACAAAUAUGGUGUUGAAUGUGGAUUGAAUUGUCUCUAUUCUCUAUGUGAUCAAUCGGUAUCAUUUAGUUUGUAUUUUGGUCAAGGAUCGUAUUACACUGGAAAACUUCAAUGUCUACAAACAGAUGGCUGCAAUUCUCAAACAAACAUUGUAUCUCCAUCAUUCCAACAAAACUAUUCAACCAAUUAUUCUUGGUCUGAUCCAUGUCUCUAUAUUCCAAAAUUUCAAAUUAAUGUAUCACCAAAUUAA